AGUUGUCAAAAAAAUGUUAAACAAAUGUGAUUAUAGUUAGUGUGAUGUUUGUUAUGUGAUCCCCGAUAUUCCGAUCAUUGACCGCAACCUAAUGGUCAACAAUGACAACAAACAAACCAUAUCAUUAUUAUGGCAUCAGUUUUGUCAGACCAAGUGACCAAAAGGCCGCUUUGGUCGGCGAUAAACAGUCCGUCAAGAAAUUGGAUGGAAAUGAAAUCAAAGAGUUUUACGAACAGCUCGUCUCGACAAAUGAUGACCAAAUCAAUAAUGUAAUUAAGAAAUCGGUCAAAGACUKUAAAUCAUUGCAUUCAAUCGKUGAUACCAACAAAGUUAUUACAAGAAAUGUCACCAAACGUGACCAUAGAGUUAAUGAUUACAGAGUUGACUCUAUCUUCAAGUUGUGUCAAAACGGAGACUUUGAGGGCUGUCAACGAUGGCUUCAAUUAGGUUACGAUAUUAAUACAAGAGAUCAUUAUAUGUGGACACCAUUGAUGUGUAGCGCCUGUGCUGGACAUCAAUCAAUUGUUGAGCUAUUGCUUGACAAUAAUGCAGACAUUAGUGCUAAAGAUAAGAAAGGAAGCGAUGUUUUGCAUUUGGCGAUAAUCAAUGGUCACAAUCAUAUUUAUGAUCUCAUUGUUAAUCAUCUGAAUAAAAGUGAUAAUUAUGAUGCAAAUGAUGACAAGGAUUGUGAACCACUUGAUGAACAAACAGAAACUAUAGGAAAAGGUUGUGAUAUUUGUCACCAGCGAUACAAUGGAUGUGAUAUUCGGCACAACAGUUCAAUUGUUCAUCAAAUUCAUACCGAAAGUAGUGAACAAUUGAAAAGAUAUUACGAAAUACCAGAAAAUAAUAGAGGAUUUCAAAUGUUGUUAAGAAGUGGUUGGACUCGUGAUAAAGGUUUGGGUCCCGAAGGAUCAGGAAAUAAAUCAUUAAUAAAAACUGUGCUAAAACGCGAUCGCUUGGGUCUGGGACUCAGUGGUGGUAGUGAUCGUCGUAACAAAUGUCGGGUCACACACUUCAAAGCAUACGAUACAAAAUCAGUGGACAAUCAUAUGAAUAAAUCAAAGACAUCGAAAAUACAGGGAAGAAAACAAUCGUCAAACAGAUUAAAACAAAUAGAAAUAAAUUUUAGUUAG